CAUACUGUAUACAUGUGCAAUAUUAUAUGUUCAAACAAUAAACAGACAUAUGCUUAUUAUAUAACAUUGUAAUCACGUCACAUAUGUGUCACUAAAGCACAAUAUUAACUGACAUGAGGGCCUAAAGGUGGCUCUUGUUUUGUUACCGGACCUGUCUCGUCUUGAGGAGGUUUUCAGACUUUGAUUAUGUUUCAUGUUUCUUCAUUUAUGAUUUUUAUCCAACAACCACAUCCAUCUUUGGCAAGUUAAUCUUCCAGCACAUAAAACUAUAACACAUUUGAUUUGUAUACUACGACAUGACAACAUACUUGAAAAAGGUCCAUCCUGCAUGUACUUGUAGAGCCUCAUCCUAACAUGAGUGUGUGUUGUUGCAGGGUCGAGUGCCCGUCCUCCCCGCAGGACAACCAGACAGGAAGGAGAGUCUCUGCCCGCCAGAGGAGGCCUGCAGUCUGCAGACAGUGUCCCUGCUGCAGGGACAACCAGGUGCCACAUACAAAGCGCCGGCGCCCUGCUGCUUCUGCAGACCUUCCCCAGAAAAGGAAGCAGACCUCCGCGGCUCUUCCUCCUAAACCUGCUGACCUGCCACCUGUCUCUAAUGUGGCCUCCAGCCCCCGGACCUCCAAUGCUCCCCUGCACCUCGAAGACCCUAUCAGGAUCCACAACCGCUCAGUCGAGGAGUACCAGCUCAUCUACCAUGAAGUUGUGGAUAACAUGCUGAGGUUCCCGGACGGUCGCCUGCGUCCAUAUAGUUUGGGUCUGGGUCGUCGUAUCAAGCAGAAGCUGUGGGAGCGACUGGACCGUCCGAUGUUCACAGAGACAGUGGAUGAAGACGGUCUGGUCCAUGUGGACGUGUCCUACGGUGCUGGAGUCCAGCCUCCGCUCUACAACGUGGAUGUUUCUGGUGAACCAGAGCCCGAAUAUCCACCAGCAAAAAGGGCAAAGCACUAAGACACACUCUCAUAAGCUGACAUGUCUAAUAAUACUGUGCUUUAAGUUUAGUUUAGUUUUUUUUUUAAAGUAUGGCAGAUAAGUUUAAGUUUAUUAAGUGUAGAGAUACGUUUUUAGUGCCAAGCAUAAGUAUUAUGUGCUAAGUCUUUAGUUUUAAGUAUUUAGUAAUAAGUAUAAGUCUAAAGUGUUAAGAGUAAGUGUUUAGUUUAAGUUUUUAGUUAUAGUAAUUUGUUUGAAGUAUUUCAUAUUAAGUGUUACGUUUUUAGUGCCAAGCACAAGUAUUAAGUGUCAAGUCUUUCAUUUUAAGUAUUUAGUAAUAAGUAUAAAGUGUUAAGAGU